GAUGCAGGCAUGAAUCAAACCACGAGCUGAGAGUUUUUACACAACAGAGGAAGAAUUCUAUUGUCAGGAGAGUGACGUUCCACAAAAUUAUUUAUUGUAUUGUUUUUAUUUUAUCCUCACAAAGCAUAACCAUAGCAUUUAGCUCAAAAUUAUCUCUCACAGGAAAUAGAAGGAUAUUCGGAAGAAAGCAACCUUGAGCACUACCCGGAGUAAGCUUGAUUGAACAGCAAUGAGUGACCCAGAGCCAGCAUCGUUUGAUUCUGUCGAACAAGAGAGAGACUACUGGAAGGAACAGGCUGACAAAUGCAAGCAGAGGGCUGAGGAGGCACAGGAGGAGCUGCAGGAGUUUCAGCAGAUGAGUCGAGACUAUGAGGUGGAGCUGGAGACCGAGCUGAAGCAGUGUGACGCACGCAAUCGGGAACUCCUUACAGCCAACAACAGACUCCGCAUGGAGCUAGAAAACUACAAGGAGAAGUAUGAAACGCAGCACUCAGAGGCAGUCAGGCAGAUCUCGACUCUAGAAAGAGACCUGGCAGAGACCACAGCCAUCAAGGACCAACUGCACAAGUAUAUCCGAGAGUUGGAGCAGUCCAAUGAUGACCUGGAAAGAGCUAAGAGGGCAACUAUAAUGUCACUUGAAGACUUUGAGCAGAGAAUGAAUCACGUUAUAGAGAGAAAUGCCUUCCUUGAGAGCGAGCUUGAUGAAAAAGAGAAUCUUCUAGAGUCAGUGCAGAGGUUAAAAGAUGAAGCUAGAGAUUUGAGACAGGAGCUGGCUGUUCAGCAGAAACAGGAGCGCAAGCCAUCAAUCAGCCUGGCUAAAGAUGCGGAGAAGCCAGAAGCCACACCCGCAAGACCAUCCUCUGUUGUUAACUCCGCCCUCCCGUCUCUCCUUGCCACACCCUCCAGACCUCCAGGAUCAGGGAGUGCAUUCAAUACCCCGUCAGCAUCCUACAGCAGAAUUGAAGGUCUGACUGGAACUCCUCUCACUACAUCUGCACGAAUAUCUGCCCUCAAUAUAGUUGGAGAGUUGUUAAGAAAAGUCGGGAAUCUUGAAUCAAAGCUGGCAUCAUGCAGAGAGCUACACAUCCCUGAGAAAACAUCAAACCGAGCACUGAUAGGCCAGAGUUCACCAAGCAUUGCACGAGAAACACCAGAAAUCCCAUCCAACACAAAUGGCUUGUAUGAUAAGGGUAUGGUGAAACGACUGGACUUUGGAACAGGAUCCAAGAUAAUGCUGUGACCAGCGCAUCUUCUACAAACGCACAAGCAUUCACACAUCAUCAGGAAAACAGUAUUCCUAAUCCAGUUAUUAUAAACAAUGCUUUAUUUUCAGAAGCUGAAGCAAGUGUUAUGACCCAAGUCUUCCACGAUCUAAGAAGGGUCUGCUUUUAUGCUCAUACAAUAUCAAUCCUUCUGGUGUGCCUAUAUUAACUGUUCACCUGCUCUGUCUGGCCUGUGGACUUAAACUAUAACUUUUUGCAGAUGUACUAACUCUUUGUUUGUUUGUUUGUUUGUUUUUUAUUUACGUUUUCAGGUUCUGGCGAUUUAUAGCCAUUUUGAAAUGCAUAAUCUGCACUGUAAUCUUAAUUUUUUUGGGUCCAUAAAUUGGGAGAAUGUUGUGGGUGACUGAAAGUAAGUCCAUAGAUUUGCCUCUGCAACCCCAGUUACCUGGCACUAAACUACUGAUCGAUGUCUAGUGAAUCGUCUACUGUACAUGCAUACUGUUGGACACAGGACUAGAGCAACGUUAACAGCAGGCUCUUUUUUUUUAAUAUAGAAAUAGCUGAUUUUAUUUUUUUAGACACUAGCAUUUUGAUGAAAUACGAGUUUGUUACUAACAGAAUGUCAAGUCUUUAGCAUUCAGAGUUAGAAAUUGUUACAAGGAAGUUGGUGAGAUGUUAUGAGCUGAAGCUGCUGUUCAUGUUGUUGGCUCAUAGGGGUUGACGGAAGUUACCAGCAGUAGCCAAAAUGUUUAUGCAUGAGGAAAACCCCCUAGUCUGGGGCCUUUUUUUAUUUCUAGUAAUAACUAACUCCUCUUUUGAAUUGUCAGUGCCAUCUUUGAAUUCAAAGAAUUUGUAGAUCUCUACAAUUCUGGGGAGUAGUUGAUGUCAUAUCAUGCACUGAACGUGAAUUUAAUGUGCCUUAAUUUUGUGGCCAUUAUAAGCUUUGCCUCAAAGUUAACUUGGGUAUUGGGGAACUUACUAGCCCGAAGGGAGCUGCAGCUUUUCUCGCUAUUCUUCCCAAUGUAUUAAUUCUCUGAUAUUUCAGGGAUUCCAGGAUGAGGAGAAAUUGAAAUUCUGAGUGGAGUUGUCUCGCUUAGUUUCCUACAUUUCUUUCAUCCAUGAUUUGAAGAUAUAGUCCAGUAACAAGCAAUAUGAAUACUUCAGUGAAGGUUACAGAUAUUUUUAUGUUAAAAAUAGGAAUUUAUGGAAGAAUUGAUGCAUUAUAUUAUCCAGUUUUUUUAGAGGUACUAGUGAAAAUGAUAGAACUAGAGAAUACUAGUUGAUGGGAAGAUUUAGCACACUUGAUUGCACCAUCUCAGGGCCAUCUCAGCAAUAACCUCACUAAAGAUGUAAUUACAGUCCAAAUUCUAUAUGCACAAGGCAUGCACAAUUGCCAAUUAUGUAAAUGUCAGCAUGGGUUUUCUUUGCUAUUAAUGAACCUAAACAUCUGUAAUGUCCACGCAUUCCUCAGCAAAGGCAAUGCUUAGUUUAUCCUGUGUCUAAGACCAUUUGUUGGUUAAUCCAUAACCUACAAAAUAAAUGUCUGCUUGACAGGAUUAAAUGAUUGACUCUUUUUGGAAA